AUGAUUCUGUACGUCGCUGUGGCAGAAUCUGGGCCCAGGACUUUAAUUCUGCUCUGCGGCGUGACGUCACAAGCCUGCGCGCGCGCCCCCGCGUCUGAUGUGCUUCGGCUCGAGAGAGACCAGCUGGUGCUGAAAGAGGAGAGUCAAGAUCCGAAUGAAAUGGAACAGACAGAUCAGUGUGAGAAACACCAUGAUUUCAUAACUGGUGAAAAAGCCACACAAACUAAAACGGCUUCUAUCCGAAAAAGAGCUCAGAAAACCAAAUCUGACAGCUCUUUCACCUGCCAUCAGUGUGGAAAGAGCUUUGCUCAACAAGGAGCCUUUAAAAGGCAUAUGAGAACUCACUCGGGAGAGAAGCCUUACACCUGCCAACAGUGUGGAAACUGUUUCACUCAAAAAGGAUCUCUUAACAAUCACAUGAGAACUCACUCGGGAGAGAAGCCAUUCACCUGCCAACAGUGUGGAAAGAGUUUCACUCAAAAACCACACCUUCAAAGACACAUGAGAACUCACUCGGGAGAGAAACCUUACACUUGCCGUCAGUGUGGAAAGAGUUUUACACAGAAAAGCACCCUUCAUUCCCACAUGAGCAUUCACACUGGAGAGAAGCCUUAUAUAUGCAAACAGUGUGGAAAGAGUUUCCCUGCAAAACAAAACCUUAAAGUCCACAUGAGAGUUCACACUCAAGAGAAGCCUUACUCUUGCAAGUAUUGUAGGCAGAGUUUCACACAUGCAUGCACCCGUAAUUACCACAUGAAAAUUCACACUGGACAGAAUGUGUUCAAAUUCGUUGUGGAAAGAUCCUCACAACAGAAUUUAGCCUUAAGUGUCACAAGAUGAUUCACACUGGAAGGAAACCCUUCAAAUGUGCUCAGUGUGGAAAGAGUUUUAUAUGUAUGGUAAGACUUAAUUACCACAUGAAGACUCAUUCGGCAGAGAAAUGCUGUAAAUGUGCUCAGUGUGGAAAGCGUUUCAGUCAUAAAUGUAGCCUCAAUAUUCACAUUAAAAAACACCACACUCAGUGGCCCUGCAAUUUAAGAUAGCACCAAAAAAUAGGUAUCUGUUUGAAAUUAAGACUGCGCUCACACCACAGCUGAAUGUGUGCUGUAAUUGAUUAUGGCACCUUCAUAGCCAUGUCUUUUAUUUGUGUUCACUUUUUUUUAUAUUUGUCAUGGUCUCCUGUAUCCACACCUGACUGUCUCCUUUGCUAUAGUUUCAAAUAUUGCAGUAGACACUAAUUUCGAUUGUAUGGAGACAUUGUGCCGUUCAGUUUACUGGUAACUUGGAAUCAAAAUAUUACCUUUCGUUCUUACUGUGAAAUGCCACAUGUAACUACAAGGUUAUAAAUAAAAUGGUGAACUGCAUGAAGUAUUGAACAUUGCACUGAAUUAUUUGAUGUAUGUUUAGUGAGAGAAUGCCCAUGUAAACUUGUUUCCAGUCAAGUCACCUUUAUUUA